AGGGUUAAACCAGGUAUGACACAGUUCGGUGCAAGAGCAAGAACAGCAGCAGCAGCUCCAGCAGCAGAAAGAGCAGAAACAGCCCACAGACCAGCAAGAUGACCUCCAGCGGGAUGAACAUGAUGAGCAAGAUCGUCUUCUACGAGGACAGGAACUUCCAGGGCCGCUCCUACGAGUGCAUGAGCGACUGCGCCGACAUGUCCUCCGUCAUGAACAGGUGCCACUCCUGCCGGGUUGAGAGGGGCUGCUUCAUGGUGUACGACCGCAACAACUACAUGGGCAACCAGUACUUCAUGAGGAGAGGCGAGUACGCCGACUACAUGAGCAUGAUGGGCAUGAGCGACUGCAUCAGGUCCUGCCGCAUGAUCCCCAUGCACAGGGGAUCCUACAGGAUGAGGAUCUAUGAGAGGGAGCAAUUCGGAGGUCAGAUGCACGAGUGUAUGGAGGACUGUGAGAACAUCAUGGAUCGCUACCGCAUGUCCAACUGCAUGUCCGCCAACGUGAUGGACGGCCACUGGCUGAUGUACGAGCAGCCCCACUUCAGAGGCAGGAUGAUGUACAUGAGGCCUGGCGAGUACCGUAGCUUCAUGAACAUGGGCAUGGGCAUGAGCAGCAUGAGCAGCAUCAGGAGCAUGAAGCGCAUCACUGACUCCUGCUACUAAACUCUCUGUGAACCUAAUAAAGCUGUCAUGAACUGAA